UCUUUGAUCGUACCUUUACCAUAUUAAAAAAAAAUUUCAAAUAAAAAAUCAACAUUAAGUAAACGACACUUUGUUACAAUGUUUGCGAUAUUUUUACUCAUGAACGCACUAAUUUUUACUAGCUGUAUUAUUGCUCAAGUAACAGACGAUGAAAACUGUGAAACAUUGCAAUCAGAAGUACAUAUUACAAAGGACGAAUACGAUGAAAUAGGACGUCUAAAAAGAACAUGUAGCGGAGAUGUAUCUGUUACGAAAUGCGAAGGAUUUUGUAAUUCACAGGUACAACCAAGUGUUGCAAGUACUACAGGAUUUUCAAAGGAAUGCUACUGCUGCCGAGAAAGUUAUUUAAAGGAAAGGCACAUUACUUUACGUCAUUGUUAUGAUGCAGAUGGUAUAAAAUUAAUGAAUGAAGAAGAUGGAAUAAUGGAAAUCAAAAUACGAGAACCAGCGGAAUGUAGAUGUAUUAAAUGCGGCGAUACAUCCCGAUAAACACGAAAAUUAAUUAAACCAAUGAUAUUAUGAAUUAUCUUAUUGAAUAAUGUAAUAAAAUUAUUAUCAGAAAUAAAAUUAAUAAUUCAGAACAUA